AUGUCUAAUUUCUCUUUGGUAGAGGUGCGUGGAGAAAAGACCCAGUUUUUUCUUUCCCAAGUAAGCGAUAUCAAAAAAUUAUCAGUACUAUCCCUAAAUCAAACCAUGCCAAAGAAAAAUGUACAACGGGAUAUACUUUCCAUGUUUGGGAAUAAUGUCUCUAAGGAUAGCAAGAUAAAGAAACCGAGUGUAUCCCAAAGUGUUUCCACCAUUACGUCGAAAGAACUCCUAGUACAAAAACUAAGCAAUUCGAAUUUCAAUUCCACUUUUGAGAACAAUUGGACUAUAGAAGGGACUUUCUUGAUUCGAAAUAUCUCUUUCAAUCAUACUUCAGUAGAGAUAGAAUCUCUGAUCAAAGUUGCAGCAUUUGAUCUAGAUGGAACUUUAAUCAGUACAAAGUCUGGUGGUACGUUUUCAAAAAGUCCCAGCGAUUGGAAGUGGUGGAAUGAUAAAGUACUAGACAAGUUGAAAGAUCUAUAUAGAGACAAUUAUCUAAUUGUCAUCUUUUCUAAUCAAGGUGGAGUGGUAGCGAUUCCAUUAAGUAAAUCUUACUUGAAUUUCACGACAAAAUUGAAUAGCAUCGUUAAGGAAUUAAAAGGUCGUGAUAUUUUGGAUAGAAUACUGAUAUAUGCAGCCCCUAAGAAGCCUUCUACUAAGAAUAGUAAAAGCACUACCAACACUAUCAAUGAACAGAUGCAUGCAAAAAUGAGGAAACCAGAAACUGGUAUGUGGGAUACAUUUCUAGUCGAUCUCAAGAGGUACGGCAUUACACUGGAUAUUAAUUAUAAAGAGAGUUUCUUUGUUGGAGAUGCAGCAGGCCGAAGCAAGGAUUUUCUGGAUAGUGAUGCAUUAUUUUCUAAAAACAUAAAUUUAAAAUUUAUAACCCCAGAGGAACUAUUUACAUGA